AUGGAUAGGAAAAGGGAUUUGUAUGUGGUGUUUAUUGACCUAGAGAAGGCGUAUAACAAGGUCCCCAGUGACGUCCUUUGGAGGUGUCUGGAGGUGAAAGGUGUGCCGGUGGCUUACAUUAGGGCAAUAAAUGAUAUGUAUGAUGGAGCUAUGACUCAGGUUAGGACUGUGGGAGGUGACUCAGAGCGUUUUCCAAUGGUUAUGGGGUUACACCAAGGAUCUACGCUUAGCCCGUUCUUAUUUUCCCUGCCGAUGGACGCACUGACACACCAUAUCCAAGGAGAGGUUCCAUGGUGUAGGUUGAUCGCUGAUGAUAUAGUUUUGAUUGAUGAGACGUGA